CAAAACAUACGUAAAAAAAUACAAAACGCGCAAACUCACACGAAAAGCCCCUCUCUCAAGCGAUAAAAAGAAAAACCCCAGAGAGAUAAUCAAAUCAAAAUCUCCCCCAAAAGGCGAGCUUUUUUUUUUCUUUUCUUCUUCCCAUUUUCCUUUUCUUUUUUCCCCUUACCUUUUUCCCUCUGAGGUUGGGGAGUGGAAAAAAAUGGAAAGAAGUCAUUGCCUGCACGAUCCCUGCGGCUGAAAAAAGAGGCUAAAUAUUAUUCAAAAAGAGGUUCGCUGGACUUCUUCUUCGUCAAAUUUGGUUUCAGUUUUUUUUGCUGCCUUGGCUUCGUCGUUACGGAGGAAGGGGGGAACUUUUUUUAAAGGAAGAACAGAGGGUGGUUUAAUAGAUUUUGUUUUGAAUGGCCGACGAUAAUAUCAAUUUGAUAGACGCUGAAGGAAAAAGUGAAAUAAAUGGCUAUAGCUCAGGAGCAGCCUCCGAAGGGAAAUCAAGCUCUCAUGGUAUUGAAUCUGCUGGUCUUUCUGAGGACCACAAUGUAUCUUCUGUUUCAGGCCAGGGAGCUAUCAACCGGAGGAGGUUUUCUACUGGUAAACCAAGUCCUAAAGCUAGAUUUGAAAAAAUUGUCCCCCAUUAUCUGAGAGCUUCAACUGGUUCUUGUCACGACUUCUGCAAAUAUGGUCGAAAGCAUGCAUUUGAAGAGAAAGAAAGUCGUCCAUGGCGGAAAAGAAUUAUUAAAGCUCAACCAACCGAGCAGAAUUCUGUUGGGGCUGUAGCUUUGGGGCAGGGGAAAAAGGCUACAGUGCUGAAACACACAUGGCCUCAUAUGAGACAGAAUCCUGCCUUAGCUGCACCGUUGGGUGAGAAAAAGAAAGCAAAGGUGGUCAAAGAAAUUACAUCGCCUCGUGUGGCACAGAACCCUGCAGUGAUUGGCCCUUUGGGUGAGAAGAGGAAGGCAGAGGUUGUCAUGGAAAUUACUUUGCCUCAAUUGACACAGAAUCCUGCAGUCAUUGCGCCUUUGGGUGUGAGGAAGAAGGAAAUAGUGCAUAAGGAAAUGACAUCGCCUGAGAGGAAACAAAAUCCUUUGGGGACUGCAUCUUUGGAUGCAGGGAAGACAGCAAGAAUGCGUAAGCAAAUGGCAUCACCUGAUAGGAAACAGAAUCCUCCUUUGAUGGAGAAAAAGAAGGCCACAGUCAAGCCAAUAACAUCACCUGAUCGAAUAUCUGUUUUGUCGCACAAGGCUUCUCCUACGGCAAUCAAGUCAGAAGGGCACCGCGAAAUUUUCAAGAAAAAGGUAAUAUCACCUUCCAAGAAGGUCGAAGCUUCUUCGGAAGAUUUAUCAUCUCGUAAGAACUCAAAAGUUGAGAAGAGGAUGAGCAAAUCUUCCAACCAGCGAUCUCCUGUUGUACACCCUCCUCCAGUGAAGCCAUUAUCUGCUUCGCACUCAUUAGGCUCUGUCAAGAGAACAGGAAAAGCUGAAAAGACAACAAAAAGUGUUUCUCCGAGAAAUUCUCCUACUGUUAUGCGUCGAACACCAAUGCCAAAAUCAUCUUUGUAUGUUCGCCCUUCGGAGGAGGGUUCAUUGGUACGAGGCAAAGGAAGAGAUAAUGUUGCAACAACCAAGAAUAUGGUAGCUGCUAAAGCAUCUGCAAAGAAAGUAACGGCACUUCCUAUUGCUUCGUCAACCUCUACAGUCACAAAACAUGUAGCUUUGAAAAAGAAGAAAAAGAAUAUUUCAGAACCAGUGCCUUCUUUGUCAGAUCAACACAGCACACUGAAGGCAGAGAUGGGGGAACCUGAGGAUGAGAAUGUCCCUGAGAAAACUUUGCAUGUUAUUGUUACAGAAGAACCUGAAAGUAAACUUUCUGGAUCUACCGGAGAUGAUAAAGUCGUUCCACCACUUUCACCUGAAUCAUUUCCAUCGCCUGGAUCAUCGUCCACAUCUCAAUCUUCAUCUUUGUCACCAACAGAAGAUGGAGACAGCAAAGAAAAAUCGGAAGUAGAGAUUGAGAAUGGAGAAGACGUGAAAGAAGAAAUCGAGAGUGGACUAGAAGUCGAAGAAAUUGAUGAAAGUGAUAGUUCUGAUGAACAAGACGAGGUGGAAGAGGAAGAGGAGAUGGAAGAGGGUGAGGAAGAAGAUGGAGAAUUUUCGUCAGAGGAGGGUGAGGAAGAAGAUGGGGAAUAUUUGAUGGAGGGUGAGGAAGAGGAUUUGGAGGGCAAGGAUGGACAUGCUCACGAAGAAGAAGUUGAUGAAGUCAUCUUUGACAAAGGAGGAAAAGCAAACAAUGACAUCAAAGGGGUUGUAGGAAACGGAGGGAAGACACUGCGAAAGGGUAUUGUUACUGCUGGGUCUAAGGAUGCCAUACCAGUGAAAAUUAAGUUUAGAAGGGGUAGGGUUGUGGAUCUUCAGUCUGAAAGUAGUGGUCCUAGGAGACUUCGAUUUCGCCGGGCAAGAGUGAUGGAUGAAAACCGCGAUCAUACGAGUGAAAUAAAGAGGAGAAGUUUCAAGAAGAAAGGAGCCGAUGGUGACGAAAGUGUUCCCAACCCCAGUGAUGAAAAAGUUGUUCUGAGGCACCAAGAUGCUCAGGGAAAGAAAGACGCACAAGGCUUGUUCAACAAUGUCAUCGAAGAAACAGCAAGCAAGCUUGUCGAGAGCAGGAAAAGUAAGGUUAAAGCCUUGGUUGGUGCUUUUGAAACAGUCAUCUCCCUGCAAGAUACUAAACCUUCUUCACAAACAGUCAGCUGAUGGCAGUAAGACUUUUUUUUGUUCAUCACACUGUGAAAUGUAAAGAAAAAGUUGAAGCAUACUAAAAGAAACUUAUACAAUAGUUGGAGUGAAUGUCUUUGUUUGAGGUUGGAAAGUUGGAGUGAUCUGAUCGGCUUGGAGGCACCCUUCUGAUGCUAAUCUCGACGAAUUCCAGUACCCAUUUUCUGACAAGGGUACUUCUGGUGUCUGAAUGCUGUCAAAAGUAAAGCAUUCCAGAUGAGUGAUUAUAGUGAUGAAUUUAACUACAUAUAAAGGUUAGUUAGGAGCAACCAUUCUUGGAUGACUAAUAAGUUCUUUGUUCUGUUGUCGCAAGGAUUGAUGGUUUCUGUACAUUGUUUGACUGAUAGUGUCAUUGUUCUUUCAUCUCUUUAUCUGUUUAGAGUCUUUGGUUGUUUGACGUUGGGUUUUCCCAUCUUGUUCGUUUUCUUGGAGAAUGUAACAUGUUGAUUCAAGCCGAUACAUGUAUCCGGAAUGCUGCAGUGUCUCAUAACUUGAUUCCAGUUUAAAGAUUGCUCUUGCCUUUUCGUCUUCUUUCCCUUGGAUAAUGUUACCGGUAUCGUAUCAACAUAAUAACACCAUUCAUUACACCCAAACACCGGGGGAAAAAAAGCAAAAAAAAAAAGAAGAAAGGCAGUCAUUAAUUAUUUCUACAUACAAAGAUUUGAGCAUCUAAAAGGUUCAAAGAGAACUACUACCUCCUCCAGUUUAGUUCAAGUUUGAGCCUUUAUAAUUAGGGUUUGGCACGAUAUCUUCAUUGCCUUGGGCUGGCGAGAGCCCAGAAUUUAUAUUAGGCCAGGCUCCACCGACUUCUUGUGAAACGCGAAAUCCCCACCGCGGUGUCUUUCUGGAUUCUUUCGUAGUAGUAGGGUGUAUGAUUGAUUAUGAUAUGAUACCGUGGAUGUGAUUAAUUGGAUUACUAUUUAAAUUUUUCUGUCUCUUUAGUUUUUUUAUUAGGAUACAUGCUUCUUAGUUCUUACCUUAAUUAUUUGUCGGCUGCUUUCGAUUGGAUUGGGAAAUUUGGGUUUUAAGGUUUGAGUUGAUUUUGAUGUCCCCUUUGUUGACGGAUAUGGCUAAAGAGGAAGCUAAAUAUCAUGUGGUAUCAAUGGAAAAAUCGAAAGUGUAUUGUGUAGAGGAUGUGGGAUUUUGAUGGAGGCUGAUGUGACUGAGGUGUGUGAAGAGUGCGUUUAUGUUGAGAUGGCUGCUCGGAUGACUGUGGGUUGUGGUCCUCAAUGUCGAAGCUGCGUAAAUCAAUUGUAUUCACUUUCAAGCAGAGUCCAGCGGUGUACGGUCUGAGUUCAUUCAGACAUAUGAACCCGACCCAGAAGUAAUUAAUGUUGAGUUCACUGUUUACAAGGAGGUUCUCAGUAGUACAAUUCUUAACGAGUCCUGUAUUGUCAAGUUUUGCGUUGAUGAAAUAUUGUGUGAACCUUGCCCUGAGGUGAAGUUUUCUGAAAUACUGUGUGAACCUUGCCCUAAGGUAAAGGUGUGUGAUUUUUGCUAUAGGGAGCUUCAGCCUGACCAUGAUCAGUUAGGGAUUGUUGUGCAGCUAAGGCAGAAUGUCUCUCACAGAAGAACCUUUUUCCACUUGGAGCAGCUCAUUCGCAAGCAUGGUGCUGCCGUUGACUGUGUUAGAAUCAAAGCAGGUGGAUCAGGGAUUGGACUUCAUCUUUCCUAACCAAGCUCAUGCCUUCAAGUUUGUGGACUUUUUGGCCUCAGUUAUUCCAAUUAAGUAUGAUUACGUGAGCAACUGUGCUCUCCCUGUCACCAUUUGUCCUAUUUGUCCUGAUGAUCUCAUCUAUUUGUCCUGCAGGAAAUCUAGGAAAAAAUCACACCGUUGAUUAUAUGGAAGCUAAUUAAACUAGCUCUUCUAAUCAUCAACCACCUUCCUUUUCUUCUUUUGUCCCCAGAACAUAUACCAUAUUAACAAUCACCUUCCUCUGGUUCUCAUCCUCUUUAUCAUGUGGUCCAACCUUACCUAUAUAUCUUACGGACAUUGAAUUACAUGACCAUUAGCCAUAGAAAUCUGAACGAAACAUGAAUCUUGGUAAUUCAUCAUAAAUAAGAGUUUCCUACUCCCUCC